GAUAAAUAGGGGCGGGGGCGUGACGGACAAAGGCUGCGACGCCCGGAGGUGGAGGCGGCAGGCAAGAGCGCCCUGAGGGAUGCCCAAGAAGUUCCAAGGGGAGAACACCAAGUCCGCAGCUGCCCGGGCCAGGAAGGCAGAAGCCAAGGCGGCGGCUGAUGCCCGGCGGCAGAAGGAACUGGAAGAUGCCUUCUGGAAGGACGAGGACAAACACGUCAUGAGGAAGGAGCAGCGGAAGGAGGAGCGUGAGAAACGCCGUCUGGAGCAGGUGGAGCGCAAAAAGGAGCUACAGCGUCUCCUGGAAGAGGAAGACGCCAAGCUGAAGGGGAAACAGCCCAAGCCGCUCGCCCCGGGCAAAGUCACCCGCGCCCAGAUCGACGAGGCGCUCCUGAAAGACCAGAAGGAGAAUGGAGAUGCCGUGGAGAAGCAGAAGAGUCACCUUGAGCUGCCCUUGGAAGAAAACAUCAACCGCCGGGUGCCGGAGGAAGGCGCCGUGGAGGCCCGCACCAUCGAAGACGCCAUCGCGGUGCUCAGCGUCGGCGAAGAUCUGGACCGGCAUCCGGAGCGCCGGAUGAAAGCGGCUUUCACGGCCUUCGAGGAGGUCCACCUGCCCCGGUUCAAGCAGGAGAACCCCAACAUGCGCCUCUCCCAGCUGAAACAGCUCCUGAAGAGGGAGUGGAUGAAGUCCCCCGAGAACCCCAUGAACCAGCGUCACUUGGCCUACAACAGCCAGAAAUGAGACUGGGGGACGGGACCCCUCCUGCCUCUCUCUCCCCCCGCCUUCGCCAUCCACACUUCGCGAACGGCCGGUGCCGGUCCGAGGACCUCCUGCCCCGCCCCGCGCGCUAAGGAGAAGAGUGUGUGGAUCGCUCCCGCUCCUUCCUCCUCCUCCUCCUCCUCCUCCUCCUCCUCUGCUUUGCCGACCCCCACCCCACCCUCAUUUGGACUCUUCCGCCCCCAACCUUACACUCUCGUCUUCUAGGGGUUCACAUCUGCCCCGAUACAGCUGAGCCAAACCCUCGCCGCCCCACUCUCUCAGGGUGAUGGUUCCUUAAAAUCCCCUGGUCGCUUUCGCCGCCGUUUGUGUCCUGUGGCGUCUGGUGUGAAAGAUAAGAAGGAGUUUGGCCCAGCGCUCGCCGGGCUGAACACCUUCCCUUCGCCCUGUUUCUUCACGGCGCUGCUUCCUCUAACGCCAAAGGCCCGGGGCUUUCUCCUAGGCCAGGGUUGGGCAGAAGGUCGAUCGAAAGGUGUUUGGAUUUUCAACUCCCCUGAACGGCCGACGUUCAGGAAUGCUAGGAGCUGAAGUCCCCAACACCUGGAGAGCCACUUUUUGCCCAUUCUUGUCCUGGGUCACCUGUCGAGUUGGAAGUACUUCUCACUUCGAUGAUAAAGAUGCAGUGCGGCUGGGCGCCAACCUGGCUGAAGGCUCCUCUCCAUCUAAAAAGAAAACACAACACAGCCAUGUACAGAAACAGCAACACGUUGCAGAGAAAGCUUAGCUGGAACGCCUCCCUUCCUCCGUAGCCUCGGUCGCUUUCCCGCGCGGUCCUCUCUGCAAAAUUACAGUUCCCUGCACGCAGAAAUCUUGCCGUGUCAGGGAGGAGAGUUCAAGCCCGGCCGUCUCCCUGACAUGCUUGCUUUCUACUUGCGUGGAAGAGGAGGGAGGUCUGGUAAGGACUGGGAGCCUCUGCCGUCACCGGCCCUGAUACGCACGGUGGGAGGGACCUGCCACCCCCUGUUCUCGCUCGGCCUGUGCAGAGAAACCCGCUCUUGUAGGGGAAGAGCCGGCUUCCCGCGCAGCUCUUUCAACACUCCUCGGACGCCCUCAUAGAACCCCCUCACGGUCCUGCUGCAGGAAGGCCUCCAGGGCCUCAUUUUCCAUGCUGGUCUUCGGAUCACGCCCCGCGGCUCUUCUCCCUCACCUUGCGGCCCAGCGGUUCCCCAAGAGGGAGUCGCCAAAUGUCCCCGGAGGUGCCCGGGGCCCUCCUCCCGCCUGCUCUCGGAGGCCGCCGGCCCCAGCGCACCUGUGCUCGCAUCAUCUGGCGGCACCGGCUCCCCAUCCGUGCGCUGGACGCUCCCUGCGCCACGUCCGGCCCCCUCGUCUCCGAGCGUUGUUUCCUCGCCCCUCCGUGCUGCUGUGAUCGGGGCCUUCCUCUCACCACCCUUAGGGGACGUGACGCGAUCGUGUCCCCCCACGGCUCGUCCAAAGCCCGCCGACGGAGCCGGGGUUGGGAUGGGGUUCCAUCUCUCUGCUUCUUCCUUCUUUCCAACGCUGGCGCCGGGUGGCCCUUCGUCCCGGUGUCACCCUGCCUACGACAGACGUCUGUGCGAGGCGCCCAGACCGAUGGCGUGGUUCUGGCGAGCAGGAACCGGACACUUCCCGGUCCCGUCGGUUCCCCUCCUGUCCGGCACAUUUUCAAGAGGGAAGUCCGCCUUUCGGGGUCCGCUCUCCGUGGGGUUGUGGCUUGAUGCCCUGCUAGGCCUUGGCAACUGAAGACAAAACAGCCAAAGAAGGCGGGUGGUGGUGGUGGGUUGAGCAACGUCCCUUGUCUUCAAAACGCAUCGCCGCCCCUUCCCCGGCCUCCAACCCUGACGUAGAUUCAAGAGCUGCCCGCUUCUUCGCCAGCACCUACAUAUAUCGGUCCCUCUACGGGUUCUCCCUUCCACCGCGCCUUAUCUUUCCGGCGAACGUAGCAAUUUCAGCCGCCCUUCCUGGGGAAGAUGCCGCGCUUGUCGGGGAGCGGUUGGCUUGUGCCACGAGCUGGUCUUUGUCACCGAGCCUCCCGUUUUGGGCUCAGGUCGCUUUUGCAUUCUUGGCCCGGCGCUGGCCCAUGCCUUGACCGUUCCGUGACAAGGUGCGGAGAUUCAAAGACUCCGGUCCUUUAAAUCUGUGGGGCGGUUAAGAGGAAAAUGGGCCGGAACCCAUAGCACUCCGUUUCUCCUGCCCGGCGUGCUGGAACAAAAUUGGAUACCUCCCCCUGUGCUAUCGCGGGGUUCUCUCCCCCCUCCAUGAAAUUCAGAGGAAGUUUGCACACACCCACACACCGUCGCCCUGCCGUGCUGCAAUUAAGUUGGCCAAGGCGUAGCCCGGCGAAGUCACGAAGUGACAAGCUGAUUAUACGUUGUUGUUUCUUGCGCUGAAGGCAGGGCUGACGGGUGAGUUUUGGAUCGUGACCUGCAGGGUGUUGGAACAGCGUUUCCGGGAAGCUCGAGCAGCGAUCUCCUUGUGCAACAGCGUUAACGGGAAGUGUAACCUCUCUCCUUCUCUGCAAAGAGAGUGAUUUGCACCCCUGAAGUUUGCACCCGUGCCAGGCCUCUGCUCCCUGCUGACCUUAGAUUACUUCUUCGAUCCCAAAGUGAUCCCAUCUGGCCGUAGACGAUGAACCGCCAUGCCACCCACCCCAACGGCCCUGCCUCCUCGCUCCUCUUUCUGCAGGGAAGGUUCAGCAUUUUUAAAAAAUGUAUGUACACACACACACCUCCACCCCUCUUGUAAACCCUCCCGCCCAAGAGAAUAAAAGCCUUUGAAUUGUG